AUGCAUGGAAAAUCAAAUUAUCAAUUAUGGAUGGAACUUUGUGAUUUAGUGUGCGAUCAUCCGCAAGAGAUCAAAGGUUUAAAAGUAGAACCUAUUAUAAGGAGUGGGAUUCGUAGAUUCACUGAUCAAGUGGGAAAAUUGUGGAAUUCUUUAGCUAAUUAUUGGAUUUUAUUAGGUCACUUUGAAAAGGCACGAGAUGUUUUUGAAGAAGGUAUAAAGAAUGUGAUGACAGUAAGAGAUUUCACGCAGAUAUUUGAUACUUAUGCACAGUUUGAAGAGACAAUAAUGGAAACAAAAAUGCAAGAAGCAGCAACUCGCGCAGAAAAUAAUGAUGAUGAUCCUGAAGAAGAUUUAGAAUUGGAUCUUAGACUUUUGAGAUUUGAGCAAUUGAUGGAUCGUAGACCAUUUUUGGUAAAUGAUGUACUUUUACGACAAAAUCCUAAUAAUGUUCAUGAAUGGGAAAAAAGGGUUUCAUUGUGGAAAGACAAUAAAGAACAGGCAAAAGAAUUACAAGAAAUCGUUAAACUCUUAACAGAAAAACCUAUAAUAGAUUAUUCAAAAGUAAAAGAUAUUUAUGAGGUAAAAAUAAACCUUUUUUAUAUUCUAACAUUUCCACCUGAAUUUGAAGUUGCAAAAAAAUUAAGAAUAGGGCUUCAAUUUGCUUAUUUUAAAGUAAAAUGGGGUUUACAAAAGUGUGAUAUAUCAACGUGUGAAAGAAUGGUAAAACAGAAAUUAGAAGAUUAUAAAAAUUAUCCAAAUAAGCAAAGAACACAUCUUCCAUUUAAUGUUUCUCCUGUACCUCCAUCAAAAAAUAGAUUUACAGAUGAAAAAGCUAAAGCUGUCUUUGAAAUACUUGAUUCAUUAGAUUUGAUUGAAUGUCCAAGAACACCACCAAACCAAAUUCGAUCAAUUAAUGAUAUGAAAACACCAGAUACUGCAUUUUCAUUAA